UGUUUCCAGAUGGCGCAUUCGCACGAGCCUUCGCAGCAGAAUCAUGCCUUUAUUAUACCUCCUGUAGGACAUUCACAGAAAAACACCGGAUUUUAGUGGAGUUUUAGUUAUUAAAAAGGAACAAGGAUCAGAGAGAGAACACACACAACACAACAACAAGCGAGGUAGUCUGAAGAAGGACUGAUAUAUAAAGUGUCAUUCUGCAUUUCUUCUGGGUUUUAUUUUGUUUUCCACUCAGAAGGAAAGAAAUCUAAACAAAGUGAAACUCGGUUCCAUUUCCGGGUGAAGAUGAACAGUUUUAGAGAAGUGUGAACUAAAAACACACUUACCUGCGCUGCUCACCUUGUGAAGAGGGAAGGAGGAUUAACGCCGCUGUAGAGCAGGUUUCCUGACACCCAGUGGGAUGCGAGCAGAUCGGUGGUGGGCCGAGUGUGAAGGAGCAUGGUGAAACACCAACCCUUACAGGUCUAUGAGAGACAGCUGUGCUUGUCCUGCUUGACCGGGAUCUAUGGGUGCCGCUGGAAACGCUACCAGCGCUCCCACGAUGACAGCUCCAAGUGGGAAUGCUCCUGGUUCCUCAUCCUGUGCUCCUCGUUUCUCCUCCUCCUUGUCUGGUCUUACUUUUGGUGGGAGGCUCACAACGACUACAACGAGUUUAACUGGUUGUUAUAUAACCGAUCAGGGGAGUGGAGCGAUGGCACUGUCCCUAUUCUCGCCACCACGCUUGUGGGAUUCUCUUACACUGCAUUUUUAAUGAUAUUAGGCCUUUGUCAUAUUGCACUGGGGCAGCAACUUAACCUCUACUGGAUUCAUAAGAUUGGCGUGCUGGCUGUCCUGCUCACGACCGUCGCCGGCGUGGUGUCCAUCGAUGACGUAUGGAGGGGCGAAUGGGACAUCAUCCUCAUCUCGCUUCAGUCGACUGGACCCUUCCUGCACCUUGGGGCUGUGGCUGCCAUGACGGCGUUGGGGUGGAUUGUCGCUGGCCAGGUGGUGCGUGGAGAAAGAACGAGAUUUCAGGUGCUGCUAUUCCUGCUGUAUGUGUGUGUUCUCCUGGCUCUCUAUCUGAUUCCUCUCACCAUUUCCUCCCCCUGCAUCAUGGACCGAUCGAAAUUGAAGAUGCGGCCCGCCAUCAUCGGCCGCCGAGGAGCUCCAAUGCUCGCUCCGGAAAACACCAUUAUGUCCUUCAGCAAAGCCUUGCAGCAGAGAGUGAGCGGCUUUGAGGCUGACGUCACCAUCAGUGCAGAUGGAGUGGCCUUUCUGGUGCGUGAUCGUACGCUGCGCCGCACCACAGACGUGGCCCGGGUCUUUCCACAGCGGCAACACGAAGAUGCCUCGCUCUUCACCUGGCCUGAGAUACGCUCUCUAAAUGCUGGCCUCUGGUUUCUCAGGGACGAUCCGUACUGGACGACCCAGUACAUGUCGAUGAAGGAUCGAAGCCGAGCAGCCAAUCAGACGGUGUGUAGUCUGGUGGAACUGCUGCGUCUGGCAGUGAAGACGAACCGCUCGGUGAUGUUCAGCCUGCGAAGGCCUCCGCCUCAACACCCACGACACGAACUCUGGAUCAACGAUGCCCUAAAGGCUGUGCAGCGCUCAGGCAUCCAGUCUGAACAGGUGAUGUGGAUGACGGACUGGUACAAAAAGAAGGUGCAAGCCGCUGUGCCUCUGCUGCAGCAAGUGGAGGAUGGGGCACUUUCUGCAGAGGAGUUUAACGGAAGGGGAAUCCAUACAGUGAGCUUACACUACAGCCAAGCAACAGAACCAGAAAUCAGGCGCUUCAGAGGCAGCAACAGGAGCGUGAGCGUGAACGUGUACCCAGUGAACGAGCUGUGGCUUUACUCGGUGUUGUGGUGCAGCGGCGUUCAGUCCGUCUCAUCCGACGCUCCUCACAUCCUCCGCAAAGUGCCUCAGCCCAUCUGGUUAAUGAGUCCAGAAGAGUACUUCUUGAUAUGGAUUAUGGCUGAUCUCAUAUCCGCAGCAAUCAUUAUAGGAAUAUUUAUAUUGCAGAGGUGGAGGAUGAGCGGGAUGCGCAGCUACAACCCGGAGCAGAUCAUGCUCAGCGCCGUGGUGCGCAGACCCAGCCGCGAUGUCAACAUCAUGAAGGAGAAGCUCAUCUUCUCAGAAAUAAACAAUGGGGUCAGUAGCACAGACGAGCUGCCUCUCUACAAGGACCACGGAUAUGAAGGAUACACACGCAACACCAUUUCCCGCUGAGCCAGAUGUUUGCAGAGCCGGUGUCCUCAUUUCACUUAAAUGUUUUGCCUGGACUCUGGGAAAGGGGGUCUUUUUCUUUUGGACCGAAGUGUUCUGCCACUGCCGACGAAGGGCAUCUGUGCAUGCAAGUGUUACUCAUGGGGCUCUGAAUUGCACAGCUCUGUGUGAUUGGAUUUGUAUUGUUUAUUUAUAUAAAGGACCUUCACUCUGAUGCCUUAUGCUCUGUAUUAAAGUGUAUAUAAGAUGACAUGUUGCUGCAGCAAUAGUGUGUAUAGUUUCAUGUCAUGGAAUGUACCAUCUACGGAACAAAUGACCAUACUGCAAGUGGCUUAUUAUGAUUGCUGUCUGCAAAUCAGUCAAAUCUAUGAUUACCUUUGGAGGAAGAAAGAGGAUUGUUUGUAUUCUGAAGUAGGUCUGUGCCGUGGGUAGGUAUAUUUUAUCCUCACUGUAGUAUUUUGUUCCGUCUGCACUGCAGUGGUUGAAGUACUGUGGCUCUCAGAGUUUGAAAUGAAAUGCCUCUAUGAUGUGCAGAUUUGAAUGUAUUUAAUUUGUAGAAAUUGAAUAUAAAAAAAAAGAGCCACUGGAGAAAACAAAUAAAGGUGAACUGAGGUUUCAUGUACACUUUCAAUGCUCUCUUUAGAUGAAUACGAUGUCUGAUCAGAAGCUCUGAUUAGAGCAUGAUGAGCAGGAGGUUCACUGAAACAGACAUGAGAAUGAAUUCAUCCUCCUACGGAGCUCAUUUGACAUGUUCAGUUGCACAUUCUUCUUUGUAUUUAAAAAUGGGAUUUGACUGUAGUAAUCAUGUUUUGUUCAGAAUUGUGGGUCAUUGCUUUUCAGAUCUUCUGAACAAAUAAAUAAUUACUCCACCUCA